AUGGCUGCUAGAAAGAGGCCCGGAGCAGCUUCAAAGGCAGCUCCUGUGCAUAAGAAACGAAAGCUGACCUCUAAGUCAGAUGCACAAACUUCGACUACGGGCUCGAAAAAGCAAACUCUGAAGUCAAAAGGAAAACAGAAAGAAAAAGCUCCGGAGCGACUGUUGAUUCCAAUUCCUUCUCAAGACGACGAUGAAGAUACCGACGUGCCGAACGAUGAUAUGGGGGUCCUCGAUGAAUACGGAGAUGCGGUCAUGUUCUUGGAUCGGCUAGACUACAAGGGGAUUGCAAGCAGGAGUAAGCAGGAGACCGAACGGCUUCAGCAAUUGAAUAAACCAAUCCGACGGCCAAACGUUCAAGAUGAUCUACCAUCUCUGGACUCUGAUUCGGGAGAGGAGGAAGAUGAAUGGACGUCCGGUGCAGAGGACCCUCUAUCAUCGGAUGACGAGGCGCACAUAGAUGACGACGAAUCUCUCGAUGAAGACAGUGAUUCUGAUGCUGAAAUGCCUUACGAAAGUAAGCCCCGGCAACUCCCCGACGCAUGGCGAGUAGAGAAGAAGAACGAAGUAGAGAGCCUACCCAUUAAGCUGGCUGAUGGACGGAUACAGAAAACAGGCAAUAAGAAAUUGCAAGCACCCAAGGACGACUCUGAUGAAAGCGACGCGUCCAGUAUUGUGAACGAGCCGGAGCCACCAAGGCGGGAUGAUAUUGCUACUGGCUCGCGGUUUGGUCGAGUAGCUGUCGUUGAUAUAAUCAGUACAAAAUCCCGAAAGGCCAGAAUACAGGGAGCUAAAGAGCAAAUUGCUAGCUUGUGCCAGGAAAUCAUCUCUGACCCAGAAAACAGUCUAGGCCUUUUGCGACGACUCCACACAUUUUCGUUGGCGGAGAUCAGCUCCACGACGCACCCAGAGCCCGUUGCCAAUGAUCAGAUAAUACGCAAGCUAGCGAUCCUCUCGCAAUUAGCUGUAUUCAAAGACAUUAUCCCUGGGUAUCGGAUACGUUCCCUUACUGACAAAGAAAAGGCCGAGAAGGUCGGUCAAAUGGUGGCGCGGACUCGGGAAUGGGAACAAGGCCUGGUCGGUGUCUACCAGACCUACCUUCAGUCGCUAGAAACAGAACUCAAAGGCAAGAACGAUCUAUCGGCCGUAGCUUUGCAGUGCAUGUGUACUCUCCUAGUAGAUGUCACUCAUUUCAAUUUCCGCGCCAACAUUAUGCACUCUGUUGUUGCCACGCUAAGCAAGAAAAGCUGGGAUGAGACCUCAGAUCUUUGCCUUAGCACCCUCGUCAAGGUCUUCCGUAAUGAUCUUACGGGUCAACCGUCACUAGAGCUAGUCCGCCUACUGAAUAGGAUGGUCAAGGAACGUCACUUCAAUGUGCAUCCCAACGUCUUGACAUGUCUCCUGUCACUCCGCCUCAAAACCGAGCUUGGGGUUCGCGCGUCCGACUCCAAAGCCAACCCAAACGAGCCUCCCCCGAAGAGAAAAAAUGACAAAAAGGAGCAACCUCAUCUCAGCAAAAAGGCGAAAAAGGUCAUGAAAGAGAAAAAGGAGAUAGAGCGUGAAUUUCGUGAGGCUGAGGCCGAGGUUGAUAAAGAAGAACGAGCUGUCACGCAAACUGAAACGCUCAAACUAUUAUUCGUGCUGUACUUUCGAAUUCUCAAGAACGACCGCCCCACCCCGCUCCUUCCUUCUGCCUUAAGGGGAAUUGCCAAAUUUGCACACCUAGUCAACAUUGACUUCUUCAAGGAUCUGAUGCAGGUCCUGAAGAAUUUAAUAUUACGGGACCAUUGUGAAGAGUCCUUCGGCGUACCUGAUCCGUCCAGUGCGCGGGUUGACUUUCACAAUAUUCAGCAUCGCUUGCUUUGCAUCAUCACAGCGUUCGAACUACUUUCUGGACAAGGUGAAGCCCUGAAUCUUGACCUUAGUGACUUCGUCGCGUGUCUCUAUGCCCAAAUCUUGCCCAUGUCGCUUAUCCCCGAAAUCGAAAGUAGUACACGCACGCCAGCCAAGCCGAACCCACACCAUCAACGUAGACCCUCGAAUAAGCCUUCAACAGAAGCGUCCCUGUCGGAUCUGCUCUUCCACGCUCUCUCGAUCGUCUUCUUCAAUGGAAAAACUGCAAGUGGAGGCCCGCCACCAGCCUGGCGCUCAGCGGCCUUCAGCAAGCGCCUUCUCUCAGCAGCGCUUCACUGGCCGUCUCACAGCGCUCUUAGAGCGUUAGAAUUUACACAGGGGCUGCUUGCUAAGGAUCCGAAGCUUGAGGCCCUGCUAUCGACUGAGGAUCGCGCAUUCGACGGUGUAUAUCGCCCCGAUGUGGACGACCCUCAGUUGUGCAAUCCUUUUGGAACGGCAUUCUGGGAGCUCAAUCUCCUGGCAACGUUCCAUGGUGAUGCGAAGGUGAGGAAAGAGGCAAAGAAGCUGAUGCUGAAUUCACAGGCGUAG